GAAUUGUUUACCUCCGCAACCAAAAUGUCGUCUGAAAUGGAGCUUUCCCGUCCAAAGUCUGGAAAAGAUAUAAAUAGGGCUAGUUCGGCAAUGGAAGUUGUCGAGGAGAAUUUAAAUGUAGAUGGUGAAGAGCUGAAAGAGAGAAAAAGAAUUGUUGAAGCCCAACAACAUAAAAAAUCUCCUUUCCUAGUUGGUUCGAUCGAGGAAGUAAGCAGACGUAUAAGUAAAUUGGAUCAAAAGCUACAGAGUUAUACAGAAUUAGUAAUUGAAAGUAGUGCAUCCGAUUGGGAUGAUAAUAACUUCACAUACAGACCACUUUCUAGUGGAAAGGCUAGAAGUGUUUAUGAAAAAAAAGAAAAAGAACAAAGAGAAUUAAAUCGUUUUGCUGGAAUUUAUACAUUACAAUCAACUUUUCCAAGAGACUCGGAAAGAUUGAAUAAACGCUUUAAGAAAAUUGCUAAAGGAAAAGAAAGAAGGAGGGAAAUGGAACAGGAAGUCAGAUCACAACCUAAACUUAUUGAACUACAUCAAUAUCCUGGCUAUGACCCAGAGGAACUUACUCCAUUACCAUUCUCUAUUGAUCCGAUAGAUGUGUUAAAAAUCGUUGCAAAAGCUCAGACGCAUUUAGAAAAAACUGAUACGUUUUGGUGGUUUUUUCUUGAAAGAUAUCAAAAAAGCAUAAAAUCUCAAGCUCAAAUAUUUAAUAGAGUUUCUCAGAACUAUGUUAAUUUUAUUUUCAAUCUAAAAAUAUCAGAAUAUAGAGAUACAUUCCUAAAGGAAUACCCUAAACUCUUGCUACAAGCUACUUAUGCAGCUUAUUUCGCCGUUUUUCCGGACUCUAAUAGACAAUUUAACGAAGAAUUUAAAGAGGAAUUAACUGCUUUAGUAUUUAGUUGGAUAGCUGGUGUUAAACCAGCUCCGAGAAUUUGGUUAAAUUGGAAUUUGGAAGCCUUGGAACCGGAAGAUGUGAAAAAUAGGGAGGAUAUUAGACGGCAGAAACCAUCAAACAUAUUAGAUUUCAAUUCUUUUCCAAAACAAAUAAGAGGCGAAUCAGCGUCUUCCUCUAUUUCCAAACCCUCUCUUUUAUCAACAAAAACGAAUCAUGCAAGAUCGGCAGAUAGACUUAGUCCUAUAAACGAAAGAGAAGAAAGAAAGACGUCAUCGAUAUCAAAUCCUACAAUAUCCCCAAAACAAAAACUCAAAUCGACAAAAAAGGUUUCUCAUCCAGUAGGCAAAGGCCCAUCAUUCGUAAAAUAUACAUUUAACAUGCAUGGAAGAAGCCCGCUUGUUAGCCAUUUCUUAAAGACACAAAAUAGCCAAUCAGAUCCAGAAAGUGAAACCUAUCGAGAUUUAAUUAAGACAAGCUUAAAGAAAACUCGGGAAGUAGAAAAGGAAUUCAACGAUUCUUAUGAUCAUUUUAAGAAAGAGCACGCCAAAUUCUGCUUUCAAAGAAUAAAAGAAAGACAAGAUAAUAGAAGAAAACGAAACGCCUUACUAAAGGAAAGGGCUACUGUAAAGAAAAUAGCUGAUUUAAUAGUAUUGGAACACAACAAAGAUAAAGAUUCAACAUCAUCUCGCUUGAACGCAGUUCUUGAUGAAGCCCUAGGAAGACUAUAG